AUGAAAAAUUUCAAUUCAGAUGAUCGCCAGGCCACGGAUGAAAAGGCCGCUUCACCCUCGUCUAUUGAUAUCGAGAGCGAGCUAGCUCCUCGGCAUCGGGAAUAUCUAAUCCAGCGCCAUGGCACUGCUGACUUGGAUCCCAUCCCAGCGAUGGACGACGCCGACCCGUAUAAUUGGCCAGGGUGGAAGAAACACAUCAAUCUGGUCCUUGUUGCGUUUCAUGCGAUGAUGAGCACCUUCACCGCUGCCGCCAUCAUUCCGGCAUAUCUGGAUAUCUCCAUCAAUUUGGGUAUAAGCAUGAACACAACGGCUUAUUUGACGUCCUUGCAAAUUGCCAUCCUCGGCGGAGCUCCCCUGUUUUGGAAACCCUUGUCGAGCCGAUUUGGUCGCCGUCCAAUAUUUCUCAUUUCUUUGCUUGGGAGCCUAGUCUGCAAUAUUGGCUGCGCAAAGAGUCCAUCAUAUGGCUCUAUGGCCGCGUGUCGCGCCUUGGUAGCUUUUUUUAUCUCCCCGGCCGGUGCUCUGGGAAGCGCCGUGGUAGCUGAAUGCUUCUUCCGAAAGGACCGGGGAAGAUACAUGGGUGUUUGGACUUUGCUGGUUACAUUGGGAGUUCCAGUAUCACCUUUCAUUUUCGGGUUUGUCGCACAGCGAGUUGGAUACCGAUGGAUCUAUUAUAUCCUGUCAAUAACAAAUGCCGUGCAAUUAAUUUUGUGUAUAUUCUUCUGCCCGGAGACUCGCUACAUUGGGGGCUCGAUAUCUUCCACUGGCUCUGGAUUUCGCCAGGAAUAUAUGAGCUUCCGCCGAAUUGACCCCAAGCCGCUGGCAGCAUAUGAGUUCAUCCAGCCUCUGACCAUGGCUGGCCGAGUGACAGUCGCGAUCCCAGCGGUGGCUUAUGCCAUGGUUUUCCUAUUUGGAAGCGUCAUGUGCACUGUUGAAAUACCUCAACUGUUACAAGAAAAAUUCGAAUUGGACACCCAAGGUCUAGGCUUGCAGUUUCUCAGUCUGAUUAUCGGUUCUGUAUUGGGAGAACAACUCGGAGGACCGCUAUCAGAUGCGUGGAUGAAUCGAAAGAAUCGCUCCAUGGGACAACGCCCGGGCCCAGAAUAUCGGUUAUGGCUAAGCUACAUUGGCUUUUUGCUGACUAUUGCUGGUGCUGUCGUCUUCUUGGUACAAACUCAGCAGUCUCCUGCUGGCCAUUGGAAUAUCACCCCUAUCGUAGGUGUGGCUAUUGCUGCGUUUGGUAACCAGGUUGUCACAACUGUGCUGAUCACGUAUGCGGUUGAUACUAAUCACAAGGAAGCUGCGUCUGUUGGUGUGUUUAUCACCUUCGUUCGUCAGAUGUGGGGAUUUAUCGGACCUUUCUGGCUUCCAGAUAUGUUUAGCAGUGUUGGCGUGGCAAAAAGUGCUGGGAUUGUUUCUGCCCUUAUCGUGGCUGCGAGCAUUUUCCCGACAAUACUACUUCAGUGGCGAGGCCGAGUAUGGCAUCGCACCGGUGAACGCCCAGCCGAGGUUUAG